UAAGAUUAGAAGUUUUAAUCACUUUAUAAUUGAUUUGAUUGAUGCAUUUUAAUUGUAAUCAUCCUGCUCUUAAUGUUUCAACCUUUCUUUCCAAUCAUUAAUAAACUUGAAAUUUUUUCAAUCAACGAAAUAAUAAUAGUUAUAAACGCCAGAUCCUCAAUCUUCAAAACAAGCAACAAAUUAUAUAACAAAUAAGAAUUGUAAUGGAUGGAUUAGCAUAUAUUUUAAUUGUUUCUAGUUUUUCUUCCUCAUUAAACGUUGAUCAGUACCGAAUAUAUCGAGUGGAGUUAAUAAUUAUAGCGUAACGAACAGGUUGACCUCACUAGUCUCAUCCAUCUUAAUUAUAUUGGGUUGUGGAAUACCACUAUAGGGAGGAAGUCCUGAAUGAAAUCUGAUAACGUAUGAAUGGAAGAAACACCUUCUCAUCCGAAAACAAAAACAUUUAAUAUUUGCAUAAACGGCACUUAUUUUUCAAGCCUUAUAACAACAUCCUAAUAAAUAUUAAAAUCGCAUCAAUUCUGUAGUUUUUAAUAAAUAUUUCGUGUGUUAAGAGUAAGCAUCGCAGAAAUUACUUUUGAAUAAAACCAAAGUAAUAGAUUCUAAAUUUUUCAAUCGUAAAAAAAUAUAAUUCUAGGCUAUUAACGAAAACAGCUGUAAGAAAUAUUUACACCGAUAAUUAUAUUCAUAAACAAAUAAAUAUUACAGUGUUCUGUUAAAGUUUUACAUAAGCAACUAAGGUACUGAAAGCUUUCGACCUUGACCCUUACCUGACCAACACUAGGUGAACUGCCACAUCCGGUUGGCAAGGGGCAGUCGUGUCCUACUUCAUAAGACAGGUUUCUAUGCACGUCAAGAGGUCAAUAAGGAUACAGGAUCUUGUAGCAAAUAUUAAUGAAUGAACUUUACCAAUGAUUCAGUUUGAUUAAUUUAUAAUUGCACUUUUUGAAUUUUAUUUAAUUAUACGAAUAGAAAAAAAAAUAGUAGUAGAUCCGAUCGAGUUCGUCUACUCAAUCAGUUUUAAUCGUUCUUAACAAAUCUUUAUAAGUAUUUAUAACUUUAUUUUGACGACAGUUGACAAAACAAGGAUCUGAUAUUUUUGGAUAUAUAUUUGUGAGAGGUGCACUACACAACUCUCCCCAACCUUGCCCUUUGGCGAUAAAUCCUGUUCUCGGCGGACGUACAAAAGUGCCAGUUGCCAUAUCAGCAUCACAAGAGAAGCAUCAGUAUUAAUGUCAUCAUCGUCCAGCGAAGAACAAUGGAUAGAUGCAACUCGAUUGAACAAUUUUGCUUUAAAAUUGGGUUACAGCCAAAAUCAGAUCCAAAUGGUAGUUAAUAGACUCGGUCCGAAAAUGACCCAAAAUGAACUCUUAUCGGAAUUAGUCAAGUUAAGAGGAAGCAGCAGGGAGAGAGAAACGCAUUUGUUGUCUGAAGAAUAUUGUUUGCGUCAUGUUGUUGUUGAUGGUGGAAAUGUUGCUGUAAGCCACGGUAACAAAGAGAAGAUAUCCUGCAAAGGGAUCAAAAUAUGCGUAGACUGGUUCAGAAAUCGUGGACAUAAAGAUAUCACAGUUUUUACUCCGUCCUGGUGGAGGGAUCCAUCUCCUGAUUUAAUUAUAAAAGAUAGAUAUUUACUAGACGAUAUGAACAAAGAUAUUCUCUGCGUUUCGUGCUGUGACGAUCGUGCAAUAUUGAAAUAUGUAGCUCAAGUGGAUGGCGUGUUGGUAUCUAACGAUAAUUAUUCCAAGUAUGUAACAGAGGACAUCGAGUACGAAAACGUUGUCGAAAACAGACUACUGAUGUAUUCUUUCGUAAAUAACAGAUUCAUGCCUCCUGACGAUCCUCUUGGACGCCACGGGCCUACUUUAGAAAAAUUUCUGCGAAGAUCAAAAUCUCAUCGAGAGGAAAGUAGAAACUUCAAAAUUUUUAAGAGAACUGAAGAUGAGAAGCUCUUUUUAAGGAAUAAGAAAAGUUUAUCAAGAAUUAAAAAGGGGAGAAGUCCUGAUACAGAACAAGCAGCUAUAACGAGGACAGAUUCGUCAUCUGAAACUGCACUUUGUCACAAACUAAAAAAUUUUACUUUAGAAAGACCUAAACUCGAAUUAGAUAACGAUAAAGUUUCAUCAAUACCGAAGAGCAAACAACCACAUUACGUAGCAUCUCAUUUGACAUUACAAAAACAUCGGAAAUUACAUCGCCAGAAUUAUGAUUUCGAACGAACUUUAGGUCAUAAAAACUUUUGGAUAGACCAUCCAGCAGAAAAACCCUUAGAACCAUCAAAAGACAAAAUGGAAAUGAUCAGUCAAGAAAAUUGGUUUCGCUGGAUGAAAGAUACGCAUAAUUCGAUCGUUUACUCUAAAAAACCUAUACAAAGUGAACUUUGGGUUUCUGAAGAUUCUGCAUUGUCAGAAGAAAGUGAUAAUAGGGAUGUAUCUAAUCAAAUCUGUCAAUUUCCUAAUUAUAGCAUUUUAAGAGAAAAAUUACAUUUUCAUCUCUCAGCAAUAUUUCCUAAGGAACAAGUAGAAACUGUUUUGAAUAUAUACCCUCAUGAAACUAGACCACAAAAGUUGUGUGCUGCAAUUCUUUCAUUGUUUCCCAAUGGCUAAACUUUGAAAAUUACACUGUUUUUAAAUUGUGAUAUAUAAACUGAUUCAGUAUUUUAUGGUUGUGAUUUCUUUUCAAAUUACAAUUCAGGAAUUAAAUGCAAUUUUUAAUUUUCAUUGUGUCACUUUCAAUUUGGACUUCAACAAAAUUCAAAUAAAUAGUUUGAAUUAUCAA